UCUCCCACUCUGCCUCUCACAGUCAUGCAGUGCGGUGUCCGUGUGGAGUAGGGGAAGCCAAUGGGAAGAGGCUUUGGUAAUAGAUGCAAAUGAUCAUGAAAAGACACUGCAAAAUAUGAAACAACUCAUUUGCUGCGAAGUAAAUCACAGAAAACUGUUUAUGAACUAGCACUUAUUCAUGGAAAUAUGAUGCAGGAACUUUUGAGGUGAAUAUUUUUUAAAAAGAAAUUUUAAAAUCAUGAAGAUUUAGACUUCUGGGGGAUAUCUGUUUUCUGUUGCUGGAAAACAACGGUUCUAAAGACAUCUAGUUUGCUACUUCAUAAUACAUUCCUUAGCCGAUUUAAACAUGAGUUCUUAUUUUGUUAACUCACUUUUUUCCAAAUACAAAACCGGUGACUCUUUGCGUCCUAACUAUUACGAGUGCGGGUUCACACAGGAACUGGGAAGCAGACCCACCGUAGUCUAUGGACCUACUGCUGGAGGAACCUUUCAGCAUCCAACUCAGAUCCAAGAAUUUUAUCACCAUGGAACAUCAUCUCUAACUGCAUCCCCUUAUCAACAAAAUCCUUGUGCAGUGGCUUGCCAUGGGGAUCCGAGCAACUUCUAUGGCUACGACCCGUUGCAGAGGCAACCCCCUCUGUUCACAACGCAAGAUUCCGACCUGGUCCAAUACACCGACUGCAAGCUUGCAUCUAAUAGCCUAGGAGAAGAGGCUGACAACUCAGAGCAGAGCCCAUCUCCCACACAGCUUUUUCCCUGGAUGAGACCGCAAGUAGCUGCUGGACGGAGACGAGGAAGACAGACAUACAGUCGUUACCAGACCCUGGAACUGGAGAAAGAAUUCCUGUUUAAUCCUUACCUGACUCGCAAACGACGGAUUGAAGUAUCCCAUGCCCUAGGACUGACAGAAAGACAGGUUAAAAUCUGGUUCCAAAACAGGAGGAUGAAAUGGAAAAAGGAGAAUAACAAAGAUAAGUUCCCAAGCACCAAAUGUGAACAAGAAGAACUCGAGAAGCAAAAAACCGAAAGGUCAGAAGAUGCGGAAGAGACCGUAGAAGGACAGAAAAAAGACAACAAAUGAACGUUUAUUACCUUAAUGGUCACUUGUAAAGUCCCGACUUCUCAAUGACUGCGAUCAUUCUAGGAGGAAGGCUCUCCAGCUGUUGUGAACAAUUAGUUGAAUGAGUCGUAUUUCUGAUAAUAUUUUGAUACAGAAACUAAAACUAAGAAACAAUGAUGAAUUACAUUAGUCUCUCUUUUGAGAGAUGUGCUCACCAAUAGUGAAUUGUAUUCUCUUCUGUGGAACCUUACUGUGAUUUUUUGUAAUAUUCAGCACUGCUUUUCAAUGCUAUAGAUAGCUUGGGUUACCUUGUGCAGUUCCUUAAAUACGAUUAUUGUAAUUAAAUGGAUUGUGUUUCUUCUUUCUAUUUUAUUUUGCCUUUCCUUUCUUGAGGGAGGGGGAACCAACAACAUGAAACUGCCUAUUGGUACUGUAGUCUUACUUCUGUUUACCUUGUAGUAUAUUCUGUGCUUAAUGCAGACCUUUUGGUUUUUCAGUUGUGUUAGCAUGCACACAGUGACAUGGGCUGUAAAGUGCUUCUGCGUUUACUGUGGAAAAGGAAUGUAUACUGUAUAUGUGAAUUGCUUUAUGGGGGAUCCUGAUGAUAUAUCCGAUUGUCCUCCAUCACUUUGUUCUAUUGUCUAAACCUGGAAGCGGCGAAAGAAACAAGUACAAUAAAAUUUACAAGCGAGAACCCGUGA